UUUCUAAUAGUCAUGAUUUCUAAAUUGUUUUUCCUUUAUUUUUUGGGUUCAGUUACCUGUCUAGCCAGUAGUUCCAGAAAGCUUGGUGAAGUUAGUGAAGAAAUUAAAUUUAUUCCUCAUUUGCAUAGCUAUGGUGGUGGUAGUGUUGGAGGAUAUGGUAGUGGAGGACCUAGUUUUGGUGGUGCAUUUGGAGGUGGAUAUGACCAUGGAGGAUCAAAUGGCGGAGGAAUUGGGGGUGGAAUAGGAGGAUCUAGUGGCGGAGGUGGAACGGGAGGAGCUACUGGCAGAGGUGGUGGAUAUGGAGGAUCUGGAGGUGGUUAUGGUGGUGGAAAUGGAGGAUCAGACAACAGAGGUAUAGGUGGUGGUUAUGGUAGCGGAGAUGGAGGAUCGGGUGGUGGAACAGUAGGUGAUGGUUAUGUUGGCGGGGGCAUAGGCUUCGGCAGCGGAGGUGGUAAUACUGGGGGAAACGGAGGAUAUGGAGGUGACAAUGGUGGUGGUGGGUUAGGUGGUGGAUAUGGUGGAAACUUUUUCAACAAUCCACCACCAUGACUAUUAUAUCAACCACUAUUAUUUGUAUUAGUGAUAAAUAGUAUAUCAUAAUUUUCUUUUAGUUUAUAGGUUGAAUAAUAA